AGAUUAUUUUAUUUUGUAUAGAGAACACGUAGCGACCCCGAAGAGCAGCCCCAAUGAACAUGUCAGUGUUGACUUUACAAGAAUAUGAAUUUGAGAAGCAGUUCAACGAGAACGAAGCCAUCCAAUGGAUGCAAGAAAACUGGAAGAAAUCGUUCCUGUUCUCUGCUCUGUAUGCUGCCUUUAUAUUUGGUGGCCGGCACCUAAUGAACAAACGGGCCAAGUUUGAACUGAGGAAACCAUUAGUACUCUGGUCUCUGACCCUGGCAGUCUUCAGUAUUUUCGGUGCUCUUCGAACUGGUGCUUAUAUGGUGUACAUUUUGAUGACCAAAGGCCUGAAGCAGUCAGUUUGUGACCAGAGUUUUUACAAUGGACCUGUCAGCAAGUUCUGGGCUUAUGCCUUUGUGCUAAGCAAAGCACCUGAAUUAGGGGAUACAAUAUUUAUUAUUCUGAGGAAGCAGAAGCUGAUCUUCCUGCACUGGUACCACCACAUCACUGUGCUCCUGUACUCUUGGUACUCCUACAAAGACAUGGUUGCCGGGGGUGGUUGGUUCAUGACCAUGAACUAUGUCGUGCACGCCGUGAUGUACUCUUACUACGCCCUGCGGGCGGCGGGCUUCCGCGUCUCCCGGAAGUUUGCCAUGUUCAUCACCUUGUCCCAGAUCACGCAGAUGGUGAUGGGCUGUGUCGUUAACUACCUGGUCUUCUCCUGGAUGCAGCAAGACCAGUGCCAUUCACACUUUCACAACAUCUUCUGGUCCUCCCUCAUGUACCUCAGCUACUUUGUGCUCUUCUGCCAUUUCUUCUUUGAGGCCUACAUCGGCCAGAGGAGGAAAGCCACGAAGGCGGAAUAGUGUCGGAACUGAGGAGGAAGCCGUAGCUCAGGGUCAUCAAGAGAAAAAAAAAAAAAAAGACAAAAGAAAAUGGCACAAGGAAUCACACAUGGUGCAGCUAACACAAAACACAACACACAAGCAAACACACAGCCCAAGGCAGCUGAGGGAUAACUAGGGUGACGUAACCCAGUACGUUUAUGAUCCUUAUUUGGUGAGGACACACUGAGUUCACCUCCGUCUCAAAGGACUGCUGCUGGAAGCCCUUUAGCUGUGAGGACCCAUGGAUGCAAAAGGGAACCCGAGGUGGGUGGGGGGCGGCAGGGGGGAGAAGCAGACGGCAAACACACAGGCUAUUAACCCACCGUGGUGAAAAACAAACAACUUUAUUUACAAGGUCUUAUAUUUCUCUGAGGAUGAAAGCGUCAUACUUUAAGGAGGAUCAGGAGUUUUAAGAAUAAUAAAUAGCGGUGUGAGCACACGUUCUUUUUCCCACACUAAACCAGAGCCAGCGGAAAGAGGAAAACGAAGACAGCGGUGUGUGUAUGUAGAGCAACACAAUGCUUUUGCUGACGUGCCAAGCUUUUGCAGAAAGGUCAGCAGGCCUUCGCCCUUGCCCCCCUGUUAACCACCUCUCCGGUUGGCCCAGCAGGGACAGCACUGGGCUGAUAGGGAACAGGCCCAUGGUGGGCACCACCAGCUGCUCCGCUGGGGAAAGACGAGGCAGGGCUUCUCUAAGAGGAACAGCCUGGGAAGCCCUCUGGGGGAGUUCUAGUCCCUUCCGGUGGGGUGCGAUGAGUCGGAAUCAGCAGCGGUGGGUUAAUCACCUCUUCGGAAAAGGGCCGUGAGCAGCAUUUCCACCGAGAGAAAGACUGAUGGUUUCCCCCUCGCUGCACCUCCUCAGGCUAGUGAAUUUGCACAAACCAAACGGGACACAGUACUUUUCGAAGGUUCCUCCCCGGAGGAUGGAAACACUGCCACCCAGCUCCCGGAGGGACAGCUGUGACCGGGAGCAUUUCCGAGCGUGGCACCGCAGUUUUUACUCGGAAAGGAGAAACGAAGUGUUCACCUUUGCUCGCGCCAGGCAUUUGAACCGAAGAGUAAAUACA